AACCCUAGAACGUCCGUUACGCCUAUCCGACAACAUUAACGACGAUCUAAUCUCUUCUCGUCCGAAUAUCUCAACCCUCAUUUACUCCUUCUACGUGUUUUCGGGACCGAUUCUCUUUCUGUUGUACACCAACGCUCUUUGCUGGGUCAAGUGAGGCGAAUGCUGAGAUUAUCAGUGGAAGAGAACAAAAGAGUGAAAGAGUUUCAGGAUAUUUGUGAAGAAGCAAAGGAGAGGGGAUUUGGGAGAGUGUUUAGAUCGCCCACAUUGGUUGAGGACAUGGUGCAGUGUAUCCUGCUCUGCAAUUGCCAGCGGUCAAGGACGUUGAGCAUGGCUGAGGCAUUAUGUGAGUUUCAGUUGGAGCUAAACUGUCCCUCAUCAGCUGCAUGUUUUUCUGUUGCUGAUAACCGAAAUCAGUUGAAGGGUGUAACUGCUGAAUCUGAGCAUUUCACUCCAAAAACACCAGCAGGAAAAGAAUCAAGGAAAAGAGCUGGAGCUUAUGGAUGUUCCAGAAACUUGUUGGAGAGGCUUACAGAAGUCGAAGAAAUUUUCGUGGAUGAAGAGAAACCGGAUGUAAGUGUGAGACCUGCAUUUCCAGAUGGUAAAGAGGUUGUUCUACAAAAAAGUGAUCUUUGUCAGGCUACUACGGAGGUUUGUGAAGUUAGUACAAGUGAACCAUUCAAUUCUGAUCCUUCAGAGGAUAGAGAGCUGAGCUUCAAUAAGCUUGGGAAUUUCCCUAGCCCGAAAGAAUUGGCAGGCCUUGAUGAGAGUUUUCUAGCAAAGCAUUGCGGUCUUGGCUAUAGAGCUGGGCGCAUUAUAAAGCUUGCUAAGGGCAUAGUUGAAGGCAGGAUUCAGCUGAAAGAACUUGAAGAAGCUUGUAGCAACCCAAGCUUGUCCAACUAUGAUAAAAUGGCUGAGCAACUGAGAGAAAUAGAUGGAUUUGGCCCUUUUACCUGUGCUAAUGUACUGAUAUGCUUGGGUUAUUACCAUGUGAUUCCUACUGAUUCAGAAACAGUUAGGCAUCUAAAACAGGUUCAUGCAAAAACCUCCACCACGAUUAAGACAGUUCAAACAGAUGUUGAAGAAAUUUAUGGGAAGUAUGAACCAUUUCAGUUCUUGGCAUAUUGGUCAGAGGUGUGGCACUUUUAUGAUGAAUGGUUUGGUAAGUUAAGCGAGAUGCCUCACUCUCAAUAUAAACUUAUUACUGCCGCAAAUAUGAGACCGAAAAGAAAUGUCAAAUGCAAGAAGUUGAAGAUAACCUCGGGGUAGAAGCUUAGCAUGUAACAUAAAAGGGAAAUGCUGAGAAGCUUGGCAUGUAACUUAAGAGUUCAGGCAUGAAUGGUUAAUGCUGAAUUUGCCUUUUAUUGAGAUUCAUUUUUUGUUCUGCACAUGAAUUAGUCUUUCAAUCUUCUAUAAAUUUAUCUAGCAAGAACAGUUUCCUGCU